AUGGCGCCUUCCUCCAAACACCCCACGAACCUGGGGCAGAUCAUCGAGUACAUUCCCGACCGCCUCUACCUUGCAUCAUACACUGUUCCUCCGACCGCCGACACCAUCUUUCCCUACCCCGAUCCUCCGCUGAGGUCUCCCAGCAAGAGGUCACAGCGUGCGAUCGAUGGCCCGGUCCCGGUAGCGACCCCUGCGCACAAGCAGCCUUACUACUUCUCCGUUGAUGAUAGCCUCCUGUACAAUGCUUUCCACCACGAUUUUGGCCCGCUCCACAUUGGCCACCUCUACCGCUUUGCCCUGCAGUUCCACGAUAUCCUCGGUGCCAAGGAGAACAAGGACCGUCCUGUCGUUUUCUGGAGUAGAGCUGACGCCCGAGCACGAGCAAACGCUUCUUGCCUGCUAGCAUGCUAUAUGGUCCUGAUCCAAUCCUGGCCGCCACAUCUCGCCCUGGCCCCAGUGGCACAAAUAGAUCCCCCUCUGAUGCCCUUCCGUGACGCUGGAUACAGUCAGGCGGACUACGGUAUCACUGUUCAGGAUGUGGUCUACGGUGUCUGGAAAGCCAAGGAGGAAGGCUGCUGCGCCCUCGAGAACUUUGACUUGGACGAGUAUGAGAGAUUCGAAAGGGUAGAGCACGGCGACUUCAACUGGGUCACUCCCCAUUUCCUGGCCUUUGCAUCGCCGCAACACAGCCCUGUCGCCCGCAUCACCGAAACCUCGGAGCUCUUUUCAACGCUGCCCAAGACACUGGCAGCGGUUGACGCCCACCCUACUCUCCCCCAGCCUUUCAAGAAUGUCUUGAAGCACUUUUCAGAACGCAACAUCGGCCUCGUUGUUCGAUUGAACUCGGCGUUAUACUCGCCUUCAUUCUUUGAGGCUCUCGGCAUCCAGCAUGUUGACAUGAUCUUUGAGGAUGGCACCUGCCCGCCGCUGUCAACUGUUCGAAAGUUCAUCCGUCUUGCCCAUGAGACGAUCACUGUCAAGAAGAAGGGGAUUGCCGUUCACUGCAAGGCAGGACUCGGCCGCACGGGCUGCCUCAUCGGUGCCUACCUGAUUUACAGGCACGGCUUCACUGCCAACGAGAUCAUCUCGUAUAUGCGCUUCAUGCGACCCGGAAUGGUUGUUGGUCCUCAGCAGCACUGGCUGCACCUGAACCAGGGCACCUUCCGCGAGUGGUGGAUCGAGGAGCGCAUUGAGCGCAAGCUCCGCAAGGAGCUCGCUGCGACUAAUGCUCCCAGCACGCCCAUCCGCUCCAUGCAGAAGGCCAAUCUGGGCAGGUCAAGCCAGCAGGCCUCUACGCCGCCCAACCGGAGCGCGUCCAACCGCACACCCCUCAGUGAGAUGGACCAAGAGCGCAGCAAUGCUCAAGAUGACUACCUGCCCGCCCCUACCCCUGGGCAGCCCCGGAAGACGGGCCGUGUUGACCGCCACCAUCCCUAUGGCCGUAGCAAUGUCAAUCACACCACUGUGGAAGAGGAGACGGGCCUGGAGCAAGAGACGGAAAUCAUGUCGGUCCACCGUACGUCUCAUGGCGCCGAGUCGGACGAGGAGAUCCACCUGCGGAUGCGCAUGCACCGCAAGCCAUCGGCCUCGCCCGAUGCUCGGUACGAGAAGUCGUCGCGCUCUGUUAGCCACACGACGGUGACGACCUCGUCCUACAGCGCGACGCAGUACAUCGACAACGACGCCUCCAACGACAUCGAGAACAUCGGCUCGGCCGUGAACCGCACCAAGUCGAUGCACGACCGCGAGCAGCGCGCUAGCAGCGCCUCGGGCGUGCUCACCAAGGUCCGGGGCACGACUGGCAGCACGCGGCGGUCGGGCAAGGAGUCCUCUGGUGGUGUGCGCAAGACGAGCGGCCGCGUCGGUAGUGUGAGCGCCACGGCGAGCACCACGACGGCCUCGGCUGCCGCGAGGAAGAUCUCUGGCCUAUGA